AAAGUGAGUCACCAGAAAGGCAGUGUUGGGGAUUUGGGGGCCACGUGACAAGUCUUGGAAAACCAGAGGUGAGGUUCACGUUGUAGGUCACGUAGUGCGAACAACACAGUAACAGGAGUGAACUUUUAAGAGGAAAAAGACUCUAUGCAUUGAUGUCACCUUACAUCUAACCUGCUUUCAUACGUCUGCUUCCCACCCCUAGUCCUUUUCCACCUGUCCCCACAUCUGUAUUGUUCACAAACCAGAAAUGAUUUAAUUGUUCUCAGCUAAGCUAAACUAGGUUUCUCUAGUUUGGUACAAUGAUAGCUCCAGGGGACCCACAUUUGCCUUUACAUUUUGCCUGAGGAGCAUUUCUCUAACCUUGAGAUUGACACAUCUUCAGAAAAGGGAGGAUUUUUUUAGAAAAAGGAAGGUUACAAGCUGUUUAGGUUUGGGGGUUUAAGAUUCUUGGGUUUGGGUGUGUGUGUAUAAUUUUCUUUCAGGCAAAAGGUCAAAAAUGCUGACCUUCAUUUAAAAUUUCUUUUUUCCGUUUGAGUUCCAAAGUCUGAUUUUGUAGAUUCCAAAGAGCAAAGCAGGAUUGGGUGGAACUAUUUUUCUCACUGAAUUCAGGAAGAAGCGAGUCAAAUGAUAAAAAGAAAAAAAAAAACAAGUGGGUUUUGUAUAUCUAACGGUUUUUAGUUUUCUCACCUCCCUGUAGUCAAGCACCAGCAGCCGCACCCAUCUUUCCAGUCUGCAGAGAGUGAGAGAGGCACUCCAGGGUUGAGGGCGAGCGGCCUUUGAGCCAGUGUGGUUGGGUUUCGGAUGUGACCUGUUUGCACUGCAAGCUGAAAUCCACCGACUGAAGAGAGAGGAGCAACAGCCAGAAGAGGAAGAGGCCUUAGUCCAGCACAGACUGCCUUCUUAUGUCUCCAACAUGGACCGCCUGGGGGACUCGGAACUAGCCAUGGUGUGCAGCCAGAGGAACGCUUCCCUCUCCCAGUCGCCUCGCGUGGGCUUCCUGUCCUCGCUGCUGCCUCAGAGUAAGAAGAGCCCCUCAAGGUUGUUGCCUGCCCAGGCCCCCCCUCAGGCUCAGAGCUCGGCCAAGAAGGAGUCCUUUGGCGGCCAGAGCACCAAGGGUAGGGAGCCAGCAUGUGUGCCCAAGGACGGGAAGAGCCUCUUCAGCGGGCUGGCCACUGGGGAGUCCAGCUGGUCACAGCACCGCCAGCGGCGCCUGCAGGACCAUGGCAAGGAACGGAAGGAGCUCUUCUCCAUGACUCUGCAGUGUGCAGAGAAGAAGCCCGAAGCUGGUGGCCCAGAGGCAGAGCCCUGCCCAGAGCUCCACGUGGAGGUGCUGGAGACCCUGGCGCGGGCUCCCGCCGCAGGCCCUGAGGGUGGGGGGGUCCGGCCCGAGCAGCCGUUCAUCGUGCUGGGGCAGGAAGAGUACGCAGAGCACCACUCCUCCAUCAUGCACUGCAGAGUGGACUGCUCGGGGAGGAGGGUCGCCAGCUUAGACGUAGAUGGGGUCAUCAAAGUGUGGUCCUUCAACCCCAUCAUGCAGACCAAGGCAUCCUCCAUUUCCAAGUCGCCGCUGCUCUCUUUAGAGUGGGCCACCAAGCGGGACAGGCUGCUCCUGCUGGGCAGUGGUGUGGGGACGGUGCGCCUCUAUGACACGGAAGCCAAGAAGAACCUCUGUGAAAUCAGCAUCAACGAUGAUAUGCCCAGGAUUCUGUCUCUCGCGUGUAGCCCCAGCGGGGCCUCUUUCGUCUGUUCAGCUGCAGCUCCGAGCCUUGCUGCCCAGGUGGACUUGUCCGCACCAGACAUCGGCAGCAAGGGCACUAACCAGGUUCCUGGCAAGCUGCUGCUGUGGGACACGAAAACCAUGAAGCAGCAGCUCCAGUUCUCCCUGGAUCCGGAGCCCACUGCCAUCAACUGCACAGCCUUCAAUCACAAUGGGAACCUGUUGGUCACGGGGGCAGCUGAUGGUGUCAUCCGGCUGUUUGAUAUGCAGCAGCAUGAGUGCGCCAUGAGCUGGAAGGCCCACUGCGGGGAGGUCUGCUCUGUGGAGUUCAGCUACGAUGAGAACACUGUGUACAGCACUGGCGAGGACGGGAAGUUCAUCCAGUGGAACAUCCACAAGAGCGGCCUGAAGGUGUCCGAGUACGGCCUCCCCGCUGACGCCACGGGCCCCUUCGUGCUGUCGGGUUACAGCGGCUACAAGCAGGUCCAGGUCCCCCGGGGCCGACUCUUCGCUUUUGACUCGGAGGGGAAUUACAUGCUGACGUGCUCUGCCACAGGGGGCGUCAUCUACAAGCUGGGCGGGGAGGAGAAGGUUCUGGAGAGUUGUUUGAGCCUGGGUGGCCACCGCGCCCCUGUGGUCACCGUGGACUGGAGCACAGCCGUGGACUGCGGGACCUGCCUCACUGCCUCCAUGGACGGCAAGAUCAAGCUGACCACCCUCCUGGCCCAUAAAGUCUGAUGGGGCCCGCCCCAAGGGCCACCCACGGAAACAGUAUUAUCCUGGGAGGCAGGCAGAGAUGGCUCAGGAAGACAAGGCGCUCCCCUUCCGGCUCCCUGCCAGGGUGGGGAGUCUUCAGGGAGAGGCUGCCCAGGGGGCUCGGGCACUGUCCAGCUGCCUGACGAGAACAGGAGCCAUGUAGAACUGUGGCACGUGUUCCCCAGACAUCGGCACGCUGGCCUCUGCCAGGAGCAGGCUCCAGACGGUGGGAGGAAAGCUCAGGAAGCAGGAGAAACAUUGUGAUGGCUGCUCUGUUGGCCUAGAAGAGAUUGAAAGUAUUUUGUAUAUAUUCGCUCAGUUUUCUUUUUUAAAAAAAGAAUGUUAUUGUGGUCA